CAAACAUCAAAUUUCGAGCAUUUUGGUAAGGAACGUGCUACUUGACAAUUCAAUGGCGUUGCCGCUUGCUUCUAGGAGUAACAGGAGCAACACUUCAGGCGAAGCGAACUCGAGGAGUCAACAAGCUCAAGCUGGAUCUGAAGAUCUCUCUCUCACAUACGCACGUCCAUCAUAUACGAACAAGAGAGACCGCAGUCAACCUAUUCGAGAUGCGUUCGGAGCAGUGCAUGUUCCGCCUCCGAAGCACCAGAUCACGGUCGUGCGCCACAUGCCUCGGACGUUAGCGUGAGGUCAUCAAUAGCAAUAGUCACCAGACGCAGCAUGGAUCCCUCAUUAUGGCUGACAUUGUCCGAGACUUCUAUCCCUUCGAACUGGGUAUUUCUAGAGUGAGCAGAUCUUCUUUUUGGUUCGCAAGCUCUCUUCUGAGUCAGCCUUGCAAGUUUGGUCGUAUUCGGCUACUCUUGACACAAGAUUCCGAGCGUAUCGCCAUACCCAAUCGCCAUGACUGAGGGCGUUGCCACCUACCCGUCCUGCUUCCGCGUCAAUUGACUUUCGGAGCUGCGCGGAUAUAUAAUGCAACAUUCUAGGGAUUUUUCCCUUUGACGCGAGAGUAUAUAUUACCGAAUACUCUAGUGAGGCGCCGCCACGAAGCUCAAACCCUUGUCCAUAAAUGGCAUCGUCCGAGCAUGCUCGACCAAAUUCUCCUCCUCCGCCCACCUCCGAGAAAUCGCUUGAUACGGAAAGAUUUGUAGUCAGAAGACGCGACAGGAGAGCAUCAGAUGCUGAUGCCGGCUCGACAGAGCUCGGAAGCGCGGACCUUAGCGCAGAUGAGUGGACUCCUCAUAACUCGUCGCCCUCUGCCGCCUCUGAUGAAGAAGAUGACGAUGACAUAAAAACCGACUCGAAGAAAAUGGUCGACGGAAGUAUAGGUGAUGGCCUUCAUAUUACCACGAAUGGACAUGCCAGUGGCAGCUCAGGCAUGCCCCGUGCGGACUCGUCAGAGAAAGCCUACGAAAAGAUGAAACCGACGAGUCCAACGAGCGAAACGUCGCCUGGCGAUAGGAGGAGAAGGAGCAUACAAGUUACGUUGGAAAAGACGAAUAAGAAGGGCAAAUAUAUUCUUACGGCUAAUGAUCCUGAGUACCGGGAGAUCAUGCGUAGCCUCGUUGAGCGCGAUCUGGAAUCGAAACAAAAGCGCCCACGUUUCCGAGAUCUCGUGUUCACUCGCCGUUUCACAACUUUCGAUCGUCAAAACCCCACUAACGCAGAUUCUCCUUUCUUCGGCUUCUUCACGCUGUUUUGGAUAUGCAUUGGCUGUCUACUUGUACGCGUGGCAGCUCAAAAUUGGCGACAGUACGGACAUGUCCUGGGACAAGCAGAGAUAUUGCAUCUGAUGUUUGAGCGGGACGUCAUUGUCCUGGGUCUGACAGAUGGUGCUAUGACUGCAGCCACGUUGUUCGGAGUUGGCCUGCAAAAGUUGAUCGCCCGUGGCUAUUUAAGCUGGAAUAGGUUUGGAUGGAUCAUUCAGAACAUUUGGCAGACCUUUUUCCUCUUCUCUGUGCUCUGGUGGACGUGGUAUCGCGAUUGGCCAUGGACUCACACGAUCUUUACUGUGCUUCACAGCCUCGUCUUUCUGAUGAAGCAGCAUAGCUAUGCAUUCUACAACGGGUACCUGUCACAGGUAUACAGAAGACGGCGCAUACUGCAAGAAAAACUUCGUCAGCUCGAGGACAUCGAGCCAGUUGCUAGCCCUACAACUACGCAGAAAGGCUUUAGUAGCGCCGUUGGGGAUGAUACUUCCGAACGCCCCCUGUUGUCUAGUACCCGUCAUCGACGUAGAUCAUCGAUUCAGACCCCGAAAUCGUCUACGAAUCUAAGUAAAGAGACAUCUGAAGUCGCCAAGAUUGCGCAGGCGAUCGAUUCGGGCCAACCGCUGGAUGAAGAGCAGGUCGAAGCAUUUUCCCACGUUAUGCGGUCUGAGAUAGAUUCCCUCACGGAGGAACUGAAUGGAAAGGCGACCUCGAUUGAGCGUGCCUACCCUAAUAAUCUUACCAUUGCCAAUUGGUGGGAUUGGACCUGUCUUCCAACCCUUGUCUACGAGCUCGAAUAUCCUCGUCAGGAAACGCGAAACUGGCUCUACAUCGCCGAAAAGUCGGUGGCGACGUUAAGCUGCAUCUGGAUCAUGAUCAUUGUGAGCCAACAGUACAUCUAUCCGUCGGUCAUGGAGACUGUGCGAAUGAAAGAGAGCGGAAUGAGCCUUGAGGAGCGCUGGAAGGAAUUUCCUUGGAUCGUCGGCGACAUGCUCUUCCCACUUCUCCUUGAGCAACUGCUUACAUGGUACGUGAUAUGGGAAUGUCUUCUGAAUGUCCUCGCUGAGGUCACCCGCUUCGCUGACCGCGGAUUCUACGGCGAUUGGUGGAACUCGGUCUCAUUCGAUCAGUACGCGCGAGAUUGGAACAGACCUGUACACAACUUCCUGCUCAGGCAUGUAUACCAUUCGUCGAUUUCUGCAUUCAAACUGUCAAAGGGCGCCGCGACUUUCGCAACAUUCUUACUGUCGGCACUGGUUCAUGAGCUCGUCAUGUUCUGUUUGUUCAAGAAGAUUCGAGGAUAUCUCUUCUUUAUGCAACUGAGCCAGAUCCCCUUGGCCAUGCUUUCUCGGACAAGGAUGCUGAAGGGACGGAAGAUCUUGGGCAAUGCCAUCUUUUGGAUUGGGUUGUUCUUGGGUCCAAGCAUAAUAUCGAGCUUGUAUCUGAUCGUGUAGGCUGUGAUGCACUGUAGAUAGCGUCGUUAACAUUAACUGAAGUUGCUUGCUGAA